AUGAACCACAAGGUUCCAAUACAAGUUGAUGGUAGAUUCAGACUCGGACAUGUUGUGGGCUCCGGUUCAUAUGCUGUUGUAUACCACGCAAGGAACAUUAUCAAAGACGAUGCAGUUGCCAUCAAACUCGAACUCAUCACCAACCAGUCAUCUUCUUUACAGCAUGAAUACGCCAUUUUAAAACGACUUGAAGGUGGAAUCAGAAUACCCCGUGCCCUCUGGUUUGGUAGGGAGUCAGCAUAUCAUGCUUUGGUUCUCGACCUCCUUGGGCCAUCAUUGCACGAUCUUUUCCUAUCACACAAUCAAAAAUUCAGCCUUCACACUGUCGUGAAUCUAGGAGACCAGCUGGUCAGUUGUGAUAUCAAACUGCAGAAUGUCUUGGUGGGUCUUAGCCAUUUGAAGCACACUGCAUUUAUUAUCGAUUUUGGUGUCACAAAGGAAUACUGGGACACUGCAACCAAAAAUCAACAUCUCACUGGCACUCCUGCAUUCACUUUGAUCAAUAAUCACUUAGGAGUUGACCUGGGUCGUCGUGACGAUCUUGAGUUGCUUACAUACAUGUUGAUCUAUUUGUUGUGUGGCUCCCUUCCAUGGUUAACUAGUGACCAUGAGAAGCUCUCUAGCUGUUCUAUACUCAAGUGGAAAGUUAACACCACCAUCGAAGUUUUAUGUGAUGGAAUCCCUGUUGAGUUUGCAAGUAUUCUCAUCUACACGUGUUCUCUUGCAUUCUCAGAAGACCCUGACUAUGGGCAUCUUCGUUCAUUGCUUCACGGUCUUCGAUGA